AUGAAUAAAUAUGCUAAGUACAUACCUUGUUUUGGACACUCAUUAAAUCUUGUCGGAAAGGAUGCUGCAAAUUCGUGUAGUGAGGCUGUAAGAUUUUUUAAUUUUGUACAAGCUCUUUAUACAUUCUUUAGUGGUUCAACUCGGCGCUACAAGAAGCUUAAAGACCAGCUUGAUGAGAAAGGCCUCUCUGUGUCCAUGCCAAAAAAGCUAAGUGACACACGCUGGUCAUGUCGUGCAGAUGCUUGUCAAGCAUUAGUCCAUGGCUAUGACAAUAUAAUGGACAUUUUGUUUGAAUUUGCAACUGACAUUGAAGAAAAAUCCAAGUGCCGUAAUACUGCAAAGGGACUAUUUUAUCAGAUAAGCAAACUUGAGACAGGGAUUUUUGCAGAAUUCUGGAACACUGUUUUGCAGCGUUUCAACAGCAGCAGCAAAACUCUGCAGUCUGUUCAGCUGAACCUAAAUGCUGCUGUUGGUGUUUUGAAAUCGUUAAAAGAUUUUAUUAAUGAACAGCGUACUAAAUUUGAUGCAUUUGAAGAAGCUGGCAAGCAUCUAACAGAUACUGAGGAGUAUAUUGUGGAACACCGCCGUCUUCAACGUCGGAAUGUCCGUCAGCAGCCACUUGACUAUGGACACAGUGAAGAAGCUCAAUUAACGCCAAAGGAUGCCUUUUAUGCCAAGGCCUUUCUCCCAUGUGUUGACAAACUUUUAAUGUGUCUGGAACAUCGCCUAGGAGCCUACAGUGAAGUGUGUGAUUUAUUUGGUUUCUUUAUAAACUUUCCAGCGAUGGACUCUGAAUCCAUUAACAUUGCAGCAGAAAAGUUGUCUGCUUUCUACAAGCAUGAUCUGGGCACAACAUUUGGUGAUGACCUAAUUCAAUUUCAGUCAUUCAUUUCUCUUUUCCUGGAUGAAAAACCAGACGAUUGCAGCAUAGAGCAAUUCAUGUACAGUACAAUUAAUGACAAGGAUGUAAGAGAUACUUUUCCGAACACGGAAAUUGCUUUAAAAAUCUACCUUACUUUAAUGAUCUCUAACAGUUCAGGUGAACGAUCUUUUUCAAAAAUGAAAUUGAUAAAAAAGUUACAACGCACAACCAUGAGCCAGAGCCGUCUCACCAAACUAUCUAUAAUGUCUGCUGAAUCUGAUAUACUUCGUGGUCUUGAUUUUUCCAACAUUACAACGACCUUUGCUGCUCAGAAAGCACGUAGACUCAUUGUUUAA